CCUUCCCCUCCCUCUGCCCCUCUGCCAGUUAUUACUGUACAACUAGUACACACACACACACACGCUUACACACACUCACUGUGCCAGCUGCCAGCAUGGAUAACAGCUAGUGACACUUACACAUGCAUGCAUACAUAUAGUGUAUACCCACAAAGAGCUGGAGCAAGAGGCUACACUACUUCUCCUCCUUCUCAUUCCUGCUGCUGCUGCCUCCCCAUCCCCAAAGCCUGGCCAUUCAUCAGGAACCACCGAGGAACCCCCUCUUCCUCUCCGCCACAGAACCAGGGGCCAUGUCCAAGAACCUGAAGAAGAAAAACCACUGGACCAACAAAGUCCAUGAGUGUGUGAUUGACAGAAGCCUGGAAGGGGAGCUUGGCUUUGACAUCAGAGGGGGUGCUGAGAAUGGCCAAUUUCCUCACCUUGGGGAGGUAAAGCCUGGGAAGGUGUCUUAUCAGAGUGGCAAACUGGUACCCGAGGAACUAUUGUUGGAGGUGAAUGAUACCCCAGUGGCUGGACUCACUAUCAGGGAUGUACUGGCUGUCAUCAAACAUUGCAAGGACCCCAUCAGAGUCAAGUGUGUAAAACAAGGAGGCAUUGUUGACAAAGACCUUCGCCGCUACCUCAAUUUACGGUUUCAAAAAGGUUCAGUAGAUCAUGAACUACAGCAAAUCAUACGAGACAACCUCUACCUCCGAACAGUGCCAUGCACCACAAGACAGCCUAAAGAAGGAGAGGUUCCAGGUGUGGACUACAACUUCAUUUCUGUGGAAGCGUUUAUGGAAUUAGAGAAAAGUGGAGCCUUAUUGGAGAGCGGUACUUAUGAGGAAAAUUACUACGGCACUCCAAAGCCUCCAGCUGAACCUGCUCCACUCUUAUUAAAUGCAACAGACAAUAUUUUUCCUGGUGGCAUUCCAAGAGUUGAGGGGAAACGGAAGCGCAAUAAGUCUGUAAGCAACAUGGAGAAGACCGGGAUUGAACCUCCAGAAGAAGAGGAAGAGGAGAGACCUGUCAUCAAUGGAAAUGGAGUCGCAGUUACACCAGAGUCAAGUGAACAUGAAGACAAGAGUACAGAUGCCUCAGGUGAGAUUUCAUCCCAGCCUUAUUCUGCUCCAAUGUACUGCCAGCCAGACGAGGAAAGCAUGGUUCUGAAGAAACAUCUGAAGCCUGAAGACAAUGAUGAACUGGGGUCCUUGCCUGAUAAUUGGGAGAUGGCGUAUACAGAAAAAGGAGAAGUCUAUUUUAUUGACCACAACACAAAGACCACGUCAUGGCUGGAUCCACGGCUAGCAAAGAAAGCUAAACCCCCAGAAGAGUGCAAGGAGAAUGAGCUUCCCUAUGGCUGGGAGAAAAUUGAUGAUCCUAUCUACGGCACAUAUUAUGUUGAUCACAUAAACAGAAGAACCCAAUUUGAAAACCCAGUGUUGGAAGCAAAAAGGAAGCUUCAACAGCACAACAUGCCCACGACAGACUUGGGAACUCAGCCGAUGCAGGCUCAAGUUUUUAGAGAAAAGCCACUUUUUACACGGGAUGCCUCACAACUUAAAGGAACAUUUCUGAGCACCACUCUCAAGAAAAGUAACAUGGGCUUUGGAUUUACCAUUAUUGGGGGUGAUGAGCCAGAUGAAUUUCUACAAGUAAAGAGCGUCAUUCCAGAGGGACCUGCUGCGCAGGAUGGCAAAAUGGAGACAGGUGAUGUCAUUGUGUAUAUUAAUGAAGUGUGUGUCCUUGGCCAUACACAUGCUGAUGUGGUCAAACUCUUCCAGUCAGUCCCAAUCGGUCAAAGUGUAAACUUGGUGCUAUGUCGAGGAUACCCGUUACCCUAUGAUCCUGAAGAUCCUGCAAGCAGCUUGGUUCCUCCUCUGGCAGUAAUAGAAAGGCCUCCAGUAGUAGUAAAUGGAAGAAAUAACUACGAGACCUAUUUGGAAUACAUUUCUAGGACGUCUCAAUCUGUACCAGAUGUAGCAGAACGACCAAUGCCUUCUUUGCACUCCAUCCCAGCAGAUAGUCAGCUUGAAAAUACAUUUCCACCACCUCCACCUGCACAUGAUGAUAAUGUAUCAAUGGCUUCUUCUGGGGCCACUCAAGCAGAACUCAUGACCUUAACCAUUGUGAAAGGGGCACAGGGCUUUGGCUUCACAAUAGCAGACAGUCCAACUGGACAAAGAGUGAAGCAAAUACUAGAUGUUCAGGGAUGCCCUGGUUUAUUCGAAGGGGACCUUAUAGUGGAGAUCAACCAGCAGAAUGUACAGAAUUUGAACCAUUUAGAAGUAGUAGAAUUACUUAAAGAAUGUCCUGUGGGAAAUGAGGCCUCAUUGGUAAUUCACAGAGGAGGUUUCUUCUCUCCAUGGAAAAGUUCCAAGCCUAUGAUGGAACGGUGGGAUAAUCAAGGAAGCCCCCAAACAAGCUUAUCAGCACCAUCACUACCACCAAAUCUCCCCUACCCUCCAACGCUACAUAGAAGUUCAUUUCCUGAUUCUACAGAUGCCUUUGAUCCAAGAAAACCUGACCCUUACGAACUCUAUGAGAAAUCAAGAGCAAUCUAUGAAAGUAGGCAGCAAGUGCCACCCAGAACUGGUUUCAGAUCGGACCCUGCUGGACCGGAUUAUAAGGAAUUGGAUGUUCACCUUCGACGUCAGGAGUCAGGCUUUGGCUUUAGGAUACUUGGAGGAGAUGAACCUGGCCAGCCUAUUUUAAUUGGUGCAGUAAUAGCCAUGGGUUCAGCAGACAGAGAUGGCCGCCUUCGCCCUGGUGAUGAAUUGGUAUAUGUAGAUGGGAUUCCAGUUGCUGGCAAAACCCACCGAUAUGUGAUUGAUCUCAUGCAUAAUGCUGCUCGUAAUGGACAAGUUAAUCUCACUGUGAGACGAAAGGUGCUAUCUAUAGGUGAUACAUGCCCAGAGAAUGGCAGGAGUCCUGGCUCGGUGUCAACACACCACAGCUCCCCAAGAAGUGACUCUGCUUAUCCAAACAGUAACCAUACUGCACAGAGCAACGCUUCCCCUCCUGAGGGCUUUUCUCAGAACUCUCAGUCCAGUGAUGUGAUCAUCCACCGCAAGGAGAAUGAAGGAUUUGGUUUUGUAAUUAUUAGCUCUUUGAACAGGCCGGAAACUGGAGCUACAAUAGCUGUACCGCAUAAAAUUGGUCGAAUUAUUGAGGGAAGCCCUGCUGAUCGCUGUGGGAAGUUGAAAGUUGGAGACCGGAUCUUAGCUGUGAAUAGUCAAUCUAUCAUCAACAUGCCUCAUGCAGAUAUUGUAAAACUGAUUAAAGAUGCAGGGUUAAGUGUGACGCUAUGCAUUAUUCCUCAGGAGGAACUAAACAGUCCAGCUUCUGCUCCAAGCUCAGAAAAGCAGAGUCCAAUGGCGCAACAGCACAGCCCUAUGGCGCAACAGAGUCCAGUAGCUCAACACAGCCCAGUAGCGCAGCCACUGCCUCCACAGCCUCUACAGUUACAAGGCCAUGAAAGCAGCUACAGGUCAGAAGUAAAAGCCAGACAGGAUGUAAAACCAGACAUAAGGCAGCCGCCCUACACGGACUACCGUCAGCCAUCAGCGGACUACAGGCAACCUCCAGUAGAUUACCGCCAUCCACCAGUAGUUGAUUACCAGCAACCGCCCCCUAUGGACUACAGGCAACCUCCUCUAAUAGAGUAUCGGCAACAUUCCCCUGACACUAGGCAAUAUCCACUCCCUGACUAUCGGCAAUUCCAGGAUUAUGACUAUUUCACAGUAGAGAUGGAAAAGGGAGCUAAAGGUUUUGGAUUCAGCAUACGUGGUGGGAGAGAGUACAAGAUGGAUUUGUAUGUGUUAAGGCUUGCAGAGGAUGGCCCUGCGAUACGGAACGGGAGGAUGAGGGUCGGUGAUCAAAUUAUUGAAAUCAAUGGGGAAAGCACAAGAGACAUGACACAUGCAAGAGCAAUAGAACUCAUCAAAUCAGGAGGAAGGAGAGUAAAGCUGUUGCUAAAGCGCGGAACAGGGCAGGUCCCGGAGUAUGACGAACCAAACACCUGGAGUGCACCCUCUGCCACCUCCCCAGAGCCGGAAGUAGCCAUUUCUCUUGAAGACAUGAUUGCACCAUUAUCUUCAUCACAUUCAGCCUUGCCCUCUGACCCUACUCACCAGAUACACCCAGAGCCAGCAUGGGAUAUCUACAGGGAACAAGAUGUGGGAAAACCAAAGGAGCAUACUGCAAAUGGUCAUAAAAAGAAAAGGCUUGGAGAGUCAAGGGAGAGAUCAGCAAGUCCAAAGAAAGUAGAUAGGUCAAGACGGGAAGAGAUUUUCAAAAAAGAGUUUCAAGAAGGCAAGCCGAAAAAAUCAGAUAGUGGCAAGACCAUUUCUGCAGGGAAAAUGACAGUGAAAAAUGUUGGUGAAAUGGGAGAGUGCGGAUACUCUGCAGUCAGUGAUAGUGGAAGUCGGAUCUCCGGGUCCACUGAAGCAAGCAGAGAAGGAAACUUCUGUACAAAAGACAUAUUUAAGGAUGCAGCCAGUGAGAAAAAAUCAGUGACUGCUCUUGAGCAGAGCAGGUCAGAUUCAGGUGGGGUAUCAAAGGUGUACAGUAGCAAUAUGUCCACCUCUCGAGCAGGUACCAUGAACCAAGAUGAGAGAGAUGCUGAAGCUAAAUGCAGUGAAUUCCAAAAGGAAAUUCACCUACAUCCUAGCAGCACCCGCAGCGCUAACACUGCACCUCGGAAAGCAACUGUCUCACCAGGACCAUGGAAAAUUCCUGGCUCUGAUAAGCUACCUAGCACCCUGAAAUCUGGCACUUCAGCCAUGAGCAGAUAACUGAAAAUGUGACUGUUCCCUUUACUUGUUUCACGUACACUUGGAACAUUUUUCUUAGCUUCUAUCUCAAAUAAUUUAAUUUUAAUUUUUCUUUUUAUUUAUUUUAAUUUUCACAUGUAUUUACCUACACAAGUGCAUCUGGGACCAGGAGCAUAUAUUUUGUAUUUCUUUAAGGUUGUGCACAAUGUCUAACCAGUAUAAAGAAGCAACUGUACAUCGGUACCUGGAGCUCACAGGUCUUACAUCUCUGGGCCUACCAGCUAAGGAAGAACCAAAACAGCAAGGAGUACACCAGAGGCAGACAGUGCAGUUUAGCUUUAUUAUAUUUUUUUCACUGUAUGAAGGAUAUGGGAUCCACUCCAGUGUUGUCUGUAGCAAAGGACAAAUAUAGAGCAAUCACAAACUGGAACAUCGCCUUAAAUCAAACUGCACUGAGUAAGAUGAAGGAGAAAAACGAAUUAUGCCUUGUAAUUCGACAAUGGUAAUGUAAAUAUAUUGCUAUCAACAUAUCUAGACAGGGGUUAAGAUAUUUCUCUGAAGCUUUGAAUCUGCAGACCAUAAUGUGUUCAGUAGGAACAUAUCUUCAUUAACCCGCCUGAUUCAUGCAGCAUAUGUAGGUAGGUGUGUGUGCUGCCUGUUAACUUGGACAGUUAGUGUACUGACUGAUGUGGCUCCAUUAAAAUGCCAUGUUCUGUGAAUAACCCAUAUUUCUGUACAUUUCAAAGGAAAUUAAACUGGAGUUCAGUGUGUACAUUUGUACAUGUUUAAGUGUACAUGUAUUGUAUUAACAGUACAUAGUAGCUCUCAUGUAUGGAAGAAGCAGUAGUAGUCAUCCCAGAAAAAAAUAAAAAGUAAACUGCACUGUUGGAAAAGACUUCAUUCGAGUAAAACUAAGUGAAAGAUUGUGAAAAAUCCAAAAAUCUCCCAGUGUUUUACAUUAAGUCUGCUUUAGUUUCAUGGGUACGAAUGAUAGAAUGACGUUUAGGUUAUACAGCAUGCUAAUCUUCAGCUUAAUUUAUUUUCAGACCGUGCAUUAUAAGCAAUACUAGCACCUUGCAUAGCCCAUACCAUAAACACAGUCGCUUAAAAAAUAUCAACAUAGGGGAGCCUUGGGUAUAAUUUAACAGUAUGCCUUCUAUAACUUGCAUAUUCCCAAUGCACAAUGGAUUUAAAAAACGUGUGAAGUCAUACAUUCAGGUUGCCAAUUUAAGCUACUAAAGAAAAGUAAAAGGUUUCCCCUAUUGCCUUACACUCCACCAUACCACAUGCUGUAUCUGGAUUCCAUGACCUACUUUUGGAGGAGAAUUAUAAAUUCGCAUCUGCACUUUCAAAAGGUUUGCUAUAUUUAUAUUGCAACCGAGAGCAGUUUAUUGAGAAGCCUAUUUUCAUGAAAGUAUUAUCAGUAAAUAUCUAAGAAAUUUAAAAUAAAAAUAAAAUAUAUAUAUAUAUAUCAGAGGGAUGUUUGAGAAGAGUUGAGGGUGCAUUUCAUUUCACUUCUAACUAUGCUUUUAAUCAGAUGUGCAAUUUUUAUAAUGACAUCCCAGUCUGUCCCUGUUCUUGGACAUCUCCUAGUCCUGUUUUAAUAAGGGGUGCAUCAAAUGUUUAAUGUUCCAUCUGUAUAAGUCUAUGAAAGCAAGGAGCAUUUGGGUGAUAAUUGAAUUUGCAGCUUUAAAGAUAAGUAAAUCACCAUCCAUAACAAUAAAGCACAAAUACAGAGCAUUUUACUGAUCUUCAUGCCCACCUUGCUUGUGCUCUCAUAUUAGGCAAUCACCAUUAUCUUGCCUAAUCCAGUUUUGUAAAAUGCUUCUGUAGUGUAAGUGCACGUCCCAAUAUUUCUCAUUUUCCAUAUGUGACCAAGUUGGUAAUAAAAGGAAACACUACAUAAAAGAACAUACUAAAGUCUAUGAUGCAGAGUGUAUUGCAAUUACCAGCAAAGUAACUGCUUUACACAGCUAUAACAGAUAAUGUCUGAGAACAACCCAUCAUCUAAACCCCAUUCCAGAUGAUAAUUCUGUGUAGUGUUAGCUGUGAAUUUACCUUGUACAGCUGUAUCUCUAUAAAUAUAAUUCCAUGUAUUAAUAGUCACAGAAAGGCUGUAAGUGAGCAACUAUUUUUAUGAAAUGCACCACUACGGUUAAAUUAACUUUUACAUAAAUCUUGUUUACUGUAUGAUAUUCUAAAACACUGUCAAAUAAAAUAUAUA